AUGGCGGAUGUGGUUGAGAGGGUUUUAGUAGCACUCAAAGGAAAUAAUCUUGAUAAGAAGGUCGAAGCAAUAACACAAUUGGAGGAUGCUUUACUGGAUGGCAUAGCGCUUGAGCCUAACGAAAUAAGUCAUUUAACAAGUUCUAUUCGAGAUGCAUUGAAAGCAGCGCAGGCAGCACUCUCGUUCGCUGCACUUGCAAUAAUAUCCCCCCUUGUUACUAACGUAGCUGAAAAAUAUCCAAAAUAUCUUCACAUGGUUAUAACGACGUUUGCUCCCAGUGUUAUUGAUAAACUGGGCGAUGCCAAGGACAAAACGAGAGAUGCCGCUACCAAAGUUCUGCUGGAUAUGUGGUGCGCAGCCGCAACGUCUACAUCCAACGCUGGAGCUAAUCAUGUGAUAAAUACGUUGGCGUUGACAAUUAAAGAUACGGCUUUUGCACACAAGUCGUGGAGAGUUCGUGAGCAGGUGUUUCAAUGGCUUCGCGCUUGUUCUAGCACAAUAUCAGACUUUUCUUUGCGCCAAUGGGCACCAUUAAUGGUCAAGUCGUUGGAAGAUCAACAUGAACAAGUGAGAGAGGCGAGCAAGGAAACGAUAAUAGUGCUUUUCGGAACAUCAUCACCACACGCAAAAUCCGAUCUCAAACGAGAAUUAAAGAAACAAAAUAUUCGUUCAACGAUAGCGGACAAUAUCAAGGCUAAAAUAUUAUCAAUACCACACGUGGAUGUGCCGGAUGACCGUAGCACGGUGUCGUAUGACAGUACAACGGACACGCACACUGACGGCGGAACCGAAAUAACAGAAGAUGAUAUUCUGAGCGUAGGAACGCAGGAAGAAAAUGGGCGGGUUGAUCAGACACCGUCAUUAUCAGCUGUUAUUGCUGAUGACGUCGCGCCAAUAUAUGUGGCAUCUGCACGUGAUUUAGAGCGAGAAUUUCAAACUAUUAUUGCUCACUUCCAAGGCAAGGAAACAGAAGAUAACUGGCAAUUGCGGGAGAAAGACUUUCACAAAAUACGCUCACUUCUUCGCGGGGAAGCAGUAUCACACUAUAAAGACACGUUUGUGGUGUGCAUUACGAAACUACUUGACGCGAUAACAGAUUCGCUUGUCAGUCUACGAACAGCCUUGGCAAUAACGUGCAGCAUAUGCCUCUCUGACCUUAUUAGGAUACUCAAUCGUAGCUUGGAUCCAUUAGCCGAGAAACUUUUGCCAAAUCUCAUUAAGAUGUCUUCGACUACAAAGAAGUUGGUCUCACAAGCUGGUACAAGUGCAACGACUUUACUUCUAUCACACUGCUCGUACCAUUACCGACUAGUAAACAUGUUGUCAUCUGCGAUGCAAGACAAGAAUUUACAAUUGAGAAUUUCUGCGGUUGGGUGGUUAAAGGCAGUCGUCAUCUCGCAUGCAGAUAGAAGAGAUUACAUCGAGAGGUCAGGAGGAGCAGAACUGUUAGAAAAGUGUGUCAAAAAGGGUUUGACUGAUGCAAGCCCGAAAGUCAGGGAAGGAAGUCGAGAAUUAUUUUGGUUAUUUUAUCAGACAUGGACAGAUCGGGGUGAAGGAAUCCUUAAAACGAUCGAACCGGCGGUUAAGAAACAGCUCGAGCGGGAUCGCCCAUCAAAUGUAGUAGUUUCCUCAUCAAAUGCAGCAGCUUCCCCAUCAAAGCCAUCCUCAACACUGUCGGCCCCACGUAGCAGACCACGCUCAACAAGCAUUGGCGCAAUGAAAAAACCACCAAGUAAUCCGUCUAGUAAUCGAGGAGAAAUAAGUCCAGGCAAUACUCUAAGCGCCAAUGACGCCUCUCGAAACGCUAAAAAGGAUACGAAUAGACUCUCAGUACGUCCAGCAUCAAGUGCAGCUAUACGAGCAAAAUCACCUGCUCCACCACCGCGCAGCAAGUCUCGUGCUGGAGAUGCUCCUUCGUCAUCAAGGGCUUCCAUUCCACCAAGACCUGCGACAUCGCAAGCAAUGGCACCAUUAUCGGUACCGAAACGCCCACAAACAUCUGCUUCUACAUCGGCGCCUAGGCCACCGCCAGCAAGAAAAUUGACGGUUGUCGAACAACUUAAUAAUAGUGACUCAUCAAUUCGAGUACAUGGUAUCAUUCAAGUUGCUGAUCUCAUUCAAAAACGUUCCCAAGAACCACCAGCCAAAGGUGUUUAUGCAGAAUUCAAACGAUCUCCGCUUCCACCAGAUGAAGAAUUGGGACGCAUAUUAACUAAUCUUCUCAAUGAUCCGGUUUCCGCGGUUCUAGAGAAUCUUCUUCAUCCAGAUGUUAUUGCCGAGAUUAAAAAAGUAUUAUCACUUGAUAUUUUUAUCCCGCAAAUGCUUCUCAACGCUAGUGAAGAUUCUGAACAGGGUGCUGUCAUUUCUGCCUGCUUACCAGAUGUGAAAGCAGCCAUUGGGUCUGAUAAUGCCAUCUCAGUUUUGGGUAGAUGUUUGUUUACAUUGAGUGCCUCUGGAGGUGCUCCGAGAAGAUCGGCUGGUUCCCCUGGAUAUCAACCCGCUCAAAAGCGGAAAAUUAUCCAUGGUAUCCUUCUCUGGUUAAAUGAAAUACUUAUUCCCAAAUUAGUAGAAGCCGAGGCCACAGACGACGUUACGGGUAGUCUUGGUGAGUCUGCGAAUUACAAAUCACUCACAAAUCGUUUAAUUCCCAUGAUCACCACUUUCAAAGAGGGAACUGAAAACCAUAAAGCUCUCUCGGAACUUUUAAUAAACAUGCACAAGUUAAGACCAGACCUGUUUGAAGAAGUAUUGUUCACUUUUGAUAAAAAAGUUAUCGAGGCAAUUGGCAGUGUCGUAGGGUGGGAAGAUGAGUUGGCUGAGGCAGAAGAAGCGGAAUUAGAACAGCAAACAAUAAGAUUACAAGAGGGUCAGAUUUUAUUGCAACAGCAGGAGAUUCAGAGACAAAGAUACGAACAACAACUAUUGAUGCAACAGCAGGAACAACUGCAAGCACAGUUGCUUGCUAAACAUGAAAAAUUACAAGCUGAACUACAGGCAAAACAAGAUGAAUUAGAGAAACGAGAACGUGAAUUUGAGAUGCAGCAAAAAGAACGGAAUUACAGGAAAAGCAUAACCAAGAAUUAA